AUGGUUUAUGUUUAUAGCAGUAUUGACAUUGAUCCCCUCAGCAUUUUGUCUUGUAGUUCCUAAGGGUAAAUUGGUUCAGGCUGGUACACUUAUCAUUGGCUCCAGCAGAAUUACAAAUGAAACCAAGGAUGGCACCGUUAAGAAAGUGCAUGACGAAUAUGUUGGAGAUACCAACGGAUACCAAUCUGAUCAGCCAGAGUUAACAGGGUCCCAACUGUCAACCUUAAUGCUCAGGCGCUGGAGUCCGUCAGUGCAGUGUGAUGAUGAUUCAAUGUCCUUGCAUAUCCAGGGAAGUCGAGUACCCAACUUCUUGGUUGAGACAAGUGAAGAGGGCCUAGUACCAUUAUCACAAAUGCCGUCCCACUGCGGCUUUUCGUUGAGGAGGGCCCACGGAGACGUUGCACUCAUUGCCAAGUACGCUGGCUGUAACGUUGCACAGCAGUUGCAGGAGAAUAGCUACAUCCUGCCGUUACGGGUUUCGGGAGUUGCUGUGAAGAUGGUCUGUCCUGUGGCUUGUCCUCUCACUGUCUCCUGUAGCCCUUCAGCUAUGGUUGUCAAUCUUGGUGUGUCUACAGCUGCUCUCAGGCUGAAGGUGAAUGGUGUGUGGCAACCUGUGUACCAAGCUUCUACCUGUGGAUUUACCUUGGAAGUUGUGGGAGGUGGACUGACCCUCACUGCACCAUAUGCAAGCAACUGCUGGCAAUUUGAGGGUGCCAAGAUGCUUUUGUCUGUGCAAUACAUGGAUAGGGAGUUGACCUUGUCCUGCCCAGCUGUUCAGCCCCCAGCUACUACUCCUUUACCUGCUCACAUGUAUGUCCCACAUGUUCAUAUGGGUUACCCUUUUCCUUAUGGUUCUUGUAUAACAUGGCAUUUCCAUUCUAGGGAUCCUGGAGCUUCCACAGAUGCCCCCAUGACUACCUUGGCUACUACGGUUGCACCAGCUAGUGCUGGUCAGCUGCCUUUGUAUCCUUGGUUAUCUGGAAUGUAUUAUCCUAGUGGCUAUGGAAUGCCAUGGAAUUUCCCAUAUGGCCAUCCUGGAACUCCCCCAGUUACCCAGACCACUACAACUACUCCGGCUACUACAUCUACUCCAGCUGCUGCUACUACAUCUACUCCAGCUGCUGCUACUACAUCUACUCCGGCUGCUGCUACUACAUCUACUCCAGCUGCCACAGUUGCACUAGCUAGUGCUGGUCAGCUGCCUUUGUAUCCUUGGUUAUCUGGAAUGUAUUAUCCUAGUGGUUAUGGUAUGCCAUGGAAUUUCCCAUACAGCCAGCCUGGAACUCCCCCAGUUACCCAGACCACUACAACUACUCCGGCUACUACAUCUACUCCAGCUGCUGCUACUACAUCUACCCCAGCUGCCACAGGUGCACCAGCUAGUGCUGGUCAGCUGCUUUUUUACCCAGACCACUACAACUACUCCGGCUACUACAUCUACUCCAGCUGCUGCUACUACAUCUACUCCGGCGGCUGCUGCUACUACAUCUACUCCAGCUGCCACAGUUGCACUAGCUAG